UGCUCAGGAAGCUGUGACGCAAGUCAUGGGUUGGGUUUGAGGUUUCUGAAACCUUUUGUAAAGGCACUUGCUUUCCUUGUCCUGCCACUGUUUGAAAAGUCCUAGUGACAAUUUGCGGAGUGUGGAGGUGCGCAGGCAAAACAGACAUGCUUGCCAAACAUAACGGGAGGAUUUUCAUCGCUCUCUGUGUAAUCCUCUUUACGGGAUGCACAGUACAAGGGGGUCCUGUCCAAAGAGGCCGUUACAUGCGCGUGAGGUGCAGACCCAAUGCCCGUUUUGCAAAUUGCAUUGAAGAACAAGGGCCAGUUUUUGACAUUCCUGAUGGAAGUGCUAAUAUGAUCCUUCCUCCCAAAGCUGACCCAGAACUAAUGAAAGAAUUUCAAGACUAUCCUGAUGCUUUCCAGCUUUCUGGAGAUGAAUAUGGAUCUGGAAAUGAAGGAGAUCCAGAAUUUGGGUCAGGUGCUGAGUAUGAUAUGGAUGAUCCCAGUAUGCCUAAAUCUGAUGUGAACCAACCAGAUCAGAAAUUGACGCUUAAAUUAACGAAGGAAGGUUUAUUUCUGCAUGAAAACAGACUGUGAUCUCUGUUCCGGCAAUUAUGAUCUUACUUCUUAAAUGCCUUUGGAGUUUUAUGACCAAGUGCAAUUACAUAUUGGUAAAAAAAUAUUGUACAAACUAUAAAAUGAAUCAUAAAUACCUUAAAACGUUUAGUGCUUUUCUUUGGUAUAAACUGUAAUGAAUGCAAGCUUUUCCCUCUCUAAGAUGUAAACCAUUUCAUAGCCUGGGCCUCUUUGUAUUGUUGUAGUAAAAAAAGUAGCAUGAGUUUAUCAGACAUAUAGUCAAGAGUGAGCUAAAUGAAGAAAGAUGACUACAAUGAUAUAAGAUGAACACAGUGAUGCUAAAAUCAGCCAUAUCCUUUAGAGGAAUUCAAGGCAAAUUUCCUCCAAUGCUUCUUUUUCUUUCUUUCUUUCUUUCUUUCUUUCUUUCUUUCUUUCUUUCUUUCUUUCUUUCUUUCUUUCUGGUAACCAUGACAAAUCAGUAAGAGUGAACCCUAACAAUCCCAUGUCAUUCUGGAAGUUUAAGGACACACUUUCCUCUUUACACAAAGAGCUCUAGCAGAGCUACAACAUGGAGCUGUGCAUUAUUCCCAUUGAUAGUUUUUGAUUUAUGCCACUCAUGGAAGCCCUCCAGUUUGUGUAUUUACAUUGAGCCCUUCAUUUCCACUGAGGAUUAGUUUCAGGACCUUCAUGAAUAUCAAAAUCUGUGGAUGCUCAAGUCUCAUUAUAUACAGUGAGGUAGUAAAAUUGUGUCCAGUAUAUAAAAUUUUUCAAUUUUUUUUCAAGUGGGUCAACUUUAUAUAAGUUUUCAGAAUAAGCUUUUGAAGUGCCUGCAUUAGUAAAAAGCAAAAAGAGCGAUUUAUUAAGUUGUACUUCUCUGGAAUAUGUUGUUUAUAGUCAGAUAAAUUUUAAAUGCUCAAAUCUCUUGUCCUGUUUCCAAUUAUAAUAAAACUUGGUCUUGUGUUUGCAAAUCUUA